UCUCCCUCGCAACGGACUCUGCCUUCAAACGGGAAACAAGAUGGCGGCGGCAGGUCCGAGUACUCGGGCCUCUUCCGCGGCGGCAGCGGCCGCUCUGAGUCGGCGGGGUCGGCGGGGCCGCUGUGACGAGAUGGCGGCAGCCAAGACAGGAACCCCAGGCCCGGCCUCCGGCCCCGCGCUGCUGGUGCUGCCGCCGCCGUUGCUGCAGCCGCCGCUACCGCCGCGGCCGGAGGAGUCGGGCUGCGCCGGGUGCCUGGAGACCUCGGGGGAAGCGGCGGCUCUGCCCUGCGGCCACUCGCUGUGCCGAGGCUGCGCCCAGCGCGCCGCCGACGCGGCGGGCCCCGGCUGCCCGCGCUGCCGCGCCCGCGGCCCGGGCUGGGCCUGCCGUCGGGCCCGCGACGACGAGCAGGCCGACGCCGAGGUGCUGGGCGAGCGCGCCCGCCGCGGCCCACCGGAGCGCUGCCGCCCGCGUCGGGACGGGGGCGCGGCCGUCGCGGGGCCCAGGCCGGAGCAGGAGCCGCGCGCCGCGCCCGCGGAGCCAGAGUUUAUAUUCAGAGCACCAAUCAAAUUAAGCAAGCCUGGGGGACUUCGUGAGGAAUAUGAAAGCCUGAGAAGGCUAAAAGAAGAAAAGUUACAAGAGGAGAAAACCUCUGAGGAUCCAAUUCACAAGCUGUUACCAGAGGACACAGAAAUAGGAAAAAAGAAAAUGGAUGAGCAGAAAAAAAGAGAUGAGCCAUCAGUACUGAAGACAAAUCUGGAGCGUUGUCCUGCACGUCUCUCAGAUUCAGAGAAUGAAGAACCUUCCCGAGGCAAGAUGAUACAGACACACCGGUCGGCAUUUGUUUCCAAGAACAGCUCCUACUCCUUAGCUUUCCUGGCAGGGAACCUAAAUUCCAAGAUGGAAAGGAGUCAGAGCUGCAGUGACACGGGUCAGGACCGAGCAAAGAGCCGACUCAGGGCAGCCCCAACCAGCAAAGCCAAGGUCACAACCAUAACCCCAGCCUCCAACCCCAUCAUUGGCGUCCUCCUGUCCACCCAGAACAACCGCUGCCUCUCUGCCCCCGACUUAACCGUUGAAAAGCGCCUACCCUUCAGCUCCCUUGCAUCCUUGACUUCCCUGCAUAAGCCAGAGCGCUCCAUCAGCCCUGAGAGCAAUGACAGCAUCUCCGAAGAACUAAAUCAUUUCAAGCCCAUUGUCUGCUCACCGUGUACCCCUCCCAAGAGACUCCCUGAUGGCCGAGUGCUGAGUCCCCUCAUCAUCAAAUCGACGCCCCGAAACCUAAACAGAAGCCUGCAGAAGCAGACUUCUUACGAGGCUAGUCCACGGAUCCUCAAAAAAUGGGAACAGAUCUUUCAGGAGAGGCAAAUCAAAAAGACCCUUUCAAAAGCCACCCUGACCUCCCUGGCUCCGGACACCGGGGAAGACUUACUGGUCUCUGAAGUUACCCAUUCCAGCAAGGAGAGGUCACUUCUGGCUCUGAACACAAGACUGUCCAGUGGGCAGGUCCUCUCCGAGUAUACAGGACCCACGCCCACGGACCUGGAUCAUCUCCCCUCUGUUAGCCAGACGCCAGCAGAACGGGGCAGUGACAAUAAAAGGAGCACCGAGAGCCUGCUGGAAACCUGCUGUUCUUCAGAGCUCAAAGUGGGAGCCAGUGGGACCUCUUUGGAGAGGGAGCCGUUUGAAGGGGCAGGGUCAUCCCCAGAUGCCAAGAUGGAUAAAAACUGUGUAACCACAACGGUGAAAGUCUCGGCUGUUAAUUCCGUGCUCCCGAAAAACAGUGUUUUGGGUGGGGUCCUCAAAGCAAAGAAACAGCUGAAGGCAGGGAAGCACUUCGAGCUGCCUAACGGUGCGCUGACAGACGGCCUGGGUGAGGAGCCCCUUCCGUCCUUGCGGCGGGGCCGCAAGAGGCGCUGCAAGACCAAGCACUUGGAGCAGAACGGCUCCUUUAAGAAACUGAGGCAAAGCGGUGGGGAGGUGGGUCUGGCCCCAGCCGACCCGGUGCUGCGGGAGAUGGAGCAGAAGCUGCAGCAAGAGGAAGAGGACCGGCAGCUGGCGCUGCAGUUGCAGCGCAUGUUUGACAACGAGCGGCGGACUGUGAGUCGGCGAAAAGGAAGCGUGGAUCAGUAUCUCCUGCGGUCCAGCAACGUGGCCGGGGCCAAGUAGCUCCCGAGGAACAGUGUUGGCUACUUUUCAGAGGUCUUGGGGGUUGGUCCUUUACCCUGAAGAGCAAGGUGUUCUCACUUGGGGUUUCUUUGGCUGGCAAGAUACUGUCUGAUAUGAUUCUGAGAGGUUCCAGGGCCUUGUAGUAUAUAUUCAAGGGAACUGCAUCCCUGCCUCCCUGUGACCCAGGCCAGAAGCACUUCUCACCCCUAAUGACCCACCCCUUAGAGCUUCUGGGCCAAAUCUGGCAGCACCUGCUUGGAAUGAAAUUCAGGAGCGCAAUGGCCAGGGUUAGACGUGGUAGAGAAAGAGGGGUUACCUUCUCAAACGGAGAGCCCUCCUGACCUCCUCAGCAGGUGUUGUUUUAAAUCAGCCUUGCAGAUAAGAACUAGUUCCAUCUUUUUUGCAAAGAAGUGGAACAGUGUGCUGCUUUGGCAGAUCCAAAAAGAUUAUGUGCCCCCUUCCCUUGCCACAAGUAAAUAUGCCUAAUGAAAUCAGUUUUUAUGCUUCUACAAAAGUGAAUUUACAUUCCUUGUUUAAAAAAUAACACUUGAUUAAUGCUGUGUCAUUGACAGACCACAUUCGCAGUCAUUGUUUAAUUUGGUCUUCUCAGGAGACCUGACAUGUAAGCGGUACUGGCCCCGUUUCCAGGUGAUGAAACUGCCGUGCAGGUGUUGGGGUUCACUCAACUGCUAAGUGGCAUAGCCCAGACUGACUGCUGGGUGUCCCAACAACAAAUCCCAUGGAUUUCCCACACUUAAAGAUGUUGCCAUAAUGGACGGCAAUUCGAGGGCAUGCCAGGGGAGCCCAGGGAAGGCUGCUGGGCUUUGAAUAUUGAUUGUGCAAAAUCCACAUGCAGAUGAUUGAGACUGACCGGACGUAUCCACAUACACUGUGCAGUUGUCCUGCCCCCCAGUUUACAGCCUUCUGUUUUUCCAGGGGCCCUACUCUGUGAGAUAAAGUACACUUAGACUUCAUUAUUACUCUCCACGUGGCCAAGGGUUAUCUGCAAUGUUGAUCUAAAAUCCAAAAAAUUGCCCACAAGUCAGGCAAGAACAAUACUGAAACUCCAUACUAUGGAAACAAGGUAUCUAGCUGGAUGCAGCUGGUAAAUUCAGUCCCAUGGACCUUUGGGGUUUAUUUUCCUUAGCAGCUGACACCAUGUGUCUUUUGCAUCUCUGGUGGUGCUUGGUGCUCCUGCCCAUCUGGGCUCCUUGAGAGUAGGGAUUAGGAUAGGAUUUUUAGGGAAGCUCAGGUGGGCUGGCAUUCCCUGUGCAUGUGUGAGCUGUUGCUAUAAAGUCACGUGACAUUGUAACCCUUCAGGUCUUCUAUCUCCCGAUACAUGUUGUCCCCCUGAAGUGGCCUCAGCAGGAUCCUGCAGAGUUUUCCCAAUGCUGUUGCCACUGAUGAAAACAUUUCUGGAACUGUCCUCAAGGUCUAGAGACGUCUGGACGCUAAGGUUUGAACUGGGAAGGGUGUUAAUGGUCACCUCUUCCAACUCCCGCCUCCCACUAAGGCAGGAACCGUGCUCCCCAACAGCGACUCGCUUCCCAAGAUCCCCGAGAAUCUACUCCAUCCCCGACUUGGGACUCUUCUCAGGAGAUUUGCCUCCCUUCUUGGGCAAGUCUUUACUCUCUGGGGUUACAGGAAAGAGAAUUUUCAGUUUGUGAUUAGAAGCUCUUUGCAGGCCUUUGGAAGAGAAGGCAGGUUAUCAAAAGGGUUUGGAGUCAUGAAUGAGGCGCAGCUGUAAAGCAGUCAGCACCGUUUUCUCGGGCAGCUCGUAAACAGUUCCCAAAGAGGAGUUCCAGGUAUGUCUUAAGCCUUCUGGUCGUCCCUGAGAUACACGGAACCUCCUCCGUGACCACGCCGGUGGGGAGCGACACUCACCUGAAUGUAUGUAUGCUGUGUCGUGUGUGUCUGCGCGUGCACACAUGCAGAUGUGUGUUUAGAAAACAGACAUGGAGCUCAUGACUUUAUAUUCAUGCCACUUCAGUUUUAGGUCCUGCCAGCAACACAUGUCCUCCAAAGGCUGCUGGAGGGCAUACUGGUGCCCCGGAGAGAAGAGCUGGCACCAGUCUGUAGGGGACGCGGAGCCCUCAGAGAAGACCUCGGUCACUGCCACGUCCUGGAGUUCCUUUUCGAUCGUAGUAAAUGUGACUGGCUGGAAGGCUGGUCUCAUUGGUGGUAGCAAAGACACUUAUUUUUCCACUUGUUACCUUUUUCUAUAUCUCUAGUAAUUUUAAAAACACGUUUCCGUUGGAACUGAUUUUUGUUUUUGGAAAAAAGAUAAAUAUUUUUAAUAGAAAAGAUACAUAUAUUUUAAAUAUUUCCCCAAAGUAAUAAUACUUUCAUUUUAAGAAAUUGCUUAGUAGUAGCAACAAGUUUUAGCACCAGGUGCAGAGUGAACAUUUCUUGUUAAGUGAAUAUUCCAAACGCUGGAUCCAGCUUCCAGAUCACCUACUGUGGAGCCUCGAAUGGUCUUGACAGUUGUUGUUUCCAGACUUCCAGCCGAGCAGGAGUCCUCUAAACACACCCAAAGGAGGUUACAUUAAGGCGGGAGGAGACCUAAUCUUUGAUCUGCUCAGCUUUGGUAGAGGGUAAAACCACUAUGGUAUUGUCUGUAUUUUAAGAUGCUUCCCCUACUUAACAACUAAAACCUGAACAGUUUUUCUUUCUGAAAAAUUUCCCUUUUGUUGCUUAGUUGGAAAGUUGGUCACCAAUGGAGUUGUUGACAUAAAUUCUUUGCAGAAAAAGACAGGGAAGGAAAAGAGCAUGCUGGGGAAGAUUUGUGAACUAGAGUGAAAGAUGCACUGGCUCACAGAACAUUUCAUACAAACUACUGGAAUCCAGUUCCCCACAGAAAUCUCUCACGUCAGAGUUCCCGCUGUGGCACAAUGGGAUCAGCGGCCUCUUAGGAAGGCUGAGACGCAGGUUCAGUCCCCAGCCUGGCAUAGUGGGUUAAGGAUCCAGUGUUGCCGCAGCUGCAGCUUCGGUAGCAACUGUGGCUUAGAUCUGAUCCUGGGCCUGGGAAAUUCACAUGCCACAGGGCGGCCAAAAACAAACAAAAAAAAAGAGUCGGAAAGAAAGAAAAAGAAAUUUCCCAUGUCCUACUAACUUUGUUCCUUCUGUAUACACAUUCUGUGUUGUUUUUUUAUUAAAGAGCAAGUUGUGAGAGGUUGAAGAUGGAAGUCAUUGGAAUGGGAAAUCCAAGAAAUGUGCCCCCGAGAAGGGGAAGGACACUCGGGAGCAUGGUCGUGACCCGUGGGUUGUACCUGCUGGAAGGAGUCAUCUGGGCCUGUUGGGUUGGUGUCUCAUUUGGGGAUUAUGCCUCUGGCCCCUUUCGUAUGAUUGUCUCCUUUUAGGAGGUUAAUUCUUGACGGAGGCUUCCCCGGGAAAACCUUUUGUAAGUGGCUUCAUUUAUUCUUUUAAUUUCAAAAUUUUUGCCUGGAGGAAGCACUGGUGAUGAAUGCCUCUUGUGUUUCUUGUUCAUUUUCUUUUAAGGAAAAAAAUGCCCUUAAGAGUUUAAAAGCUGCUUACUUAAUUGCUGUGUGAUUAUAAACUGACAAACCAAGAUGGAAGGUUGUCACUGUGCCUGACUGGUGAAGCUGACAGCCGAAAGCUGUGCGGCUCAUCCUCUUUGCUCGAUAUGACAGAUACUUCCUGAGCUUCGAACUGUGCGCCAGGCCUGUGCUGGGUCAUGGAUAGAGAUGGAAAGGGCCGUCCCUGCUCUUGAUGAGCCGAGUGUCUACUGGGGUGCAUUCAAACGUGUGUGUGGCUGGAGGGUUUACGACAAGCCGAGCCGUGGUGAUGGUCGUGGAGGCCCCUUCAGGGUCCUGUCCAGCACCCUUGAGCAUUUUAGGGCGCGCCAUCAGUGGCGUGGGUGUGGUGGCAGUAUUGCUUUCCAUACUGUUAGGAUUAGGGUUAGGAGUUUCGCCAGGGGAGAACGAUUUUCUCUCCUCCGUGCUUGUAAGGACAGGAGCAUCCCUCUGUCCCGACAGAGCUGCUUUCGGCACAAAGCCCAAGAAGUGAGGCAGCUCGAAGACCACUGCCGUGGGCAGAGGCGGCUCACGUCUCAACCUAGUAACCUCCUAACGCCUUUCCCGACCAGACCUGGCAUCAGAGCUGAUUCCUUUCCUUUGUCCUGUGUGGCUUUCCUUUGAGAUGGAAGGGCAGCCAGUGAGGAAGGGAAGAAAAAUGAAGGCUGGGUCAUAACCAUAAAAUAUAUUUUAUAGCUGGAAUGGGCAACUCAGUUUCCCCAGACACCCCUCUUCCCUUUUUAGAGAAAUGAGGAACUGGAGGUUCAGUGCCCUGUGUCUUAGUUUGUACUGCAGUUUUGUUUUUUUAAUCCUAGGGUCAGAAUGAAUAGUCUUUAAGUUACACACAAAAUUUGCUCACGAGGAGGAUGCCCAAAUGAUUUAGGAGACUUUUUAACAGCUUUUUCUUCCUGCUUGUUUUCAGUUAAGAAUUAAAAUGUGCCCAGAUCCCCGAAACGCACACCCAGACAGGGAGAAACCCCACGUGAGAGUAAUGUGAAUGGGAGUCCUGGGAAGUGAUGUCUUGUGAUUGGAAAAGCCGUCAUGUCAACUAUGAGAGAUUAAGACCCAGCCAGCCCUUCAUUUUUCUUUGCAAAUCAAGAACUCCUUAGGGACUUAAGUUUUUCUUCACCAGCCUUUUCCUCAUCAACCCACAGAUUGGUCGCUUGGCCUGGAUUUUAGAAGUGCGUAUAGCUGCUUAUAAAUUCAUGUGACUCAAUGAGAAACCAGGUUUGCUUUUUUUUUUUUUUAAAGGGUUGGGAUUCCAGGAAAAGAGGCUGCUGACUAGCCUUUCCUCCAAAGAUAAUCCAGAAAUGCAUCUUUACAUGCUUGUUAUCCACAGUAGCUUUUUAAAGAUCGUUCUACAGAAAAGAGACGUGUGAUACCUACAGAAGUCGCCAGUUUAGAAACUGGUGAAAUUGGAUGAAGGAAAAGUGCCAAGACUUGAAUGUGCACAUUGUUCUAUGUAUUAUCAGUAUUUUUUUUUUCCUAAGAAAAAUAUUUACACACUUUGCUUUGUGAGUAAAUCCUUCCUUAUUGCCUUGUCUCAGUAGGUGUGGGAGGCAACCUCAAACUUGGGGCAGGCUCCCUCUUUACCUUUUCUGGUGUCUCAAAUCAAGAACUGGUUGGACAGAGCCAAGGUAAGGCCAGGUUUGUUCCUCACCCUUUCUUCUUCUUCCCUAAGGGGUAAAACAGGCAGCGCACUCCUCGAAGAUCAAGCCGUGGGACCUCAAGCGUAGCUCUUGGGCCCUGGUGUCAGAUGGCACCAGAUCCUCCCUUGUUAGCCCUGCCCCCUCUGCCCCCUCUCCAAGGUCUGCCACCAGUGGGUUCAACCCUUAACCUCCGGCAGGACUCUCAAGUCCUGAUGAGGGAAUGGAUGCCUACGGAUGGGAAGAGGGCCAACUCACAGAUUUGUGUGCGUGCGCGUGUGCCCCUGAUGCACUGUUUACUCCCAGUUGUCCUUAGGGCCUUAUCUCCCCCCCACCCCCCGAGACAUCGGAGAUGGGCUGAAUUUUGGUUUUAUUCCAUCUGCUCUCGGUAGUAGAAUGGAGAAGGGGCCUCAAUCCUUGGGACUUGUGCUGGCUGCCUCCCCUCCAACUUAUCACAAAGAGCAUUUUGGCCAAGGGGACCCGGGACGUGGUAAGCCCCGUCAGGGAUGCUCCUGCCAACAAGCAAUCACAUGUGACAAUGCACUAUGUCCCCAAGUGCAUUCUUCCACGUACGUCUGCCCGCUGAGAGGCCCGAGGUGAGAAUAUGGUCAGGCAAACACAUGAAUGUUAUGUUUGCAGUCAAAGCCUUAGCUCUGGAGAGCAAACUCCGACACACCCGAGGCAAGCUGUGACUGUGUGGAGUUUUGGUGCUCUUUGCCCCCUGGGAGAUGCCUGUGUUGAAAUGUCUUGUUUUGGCCUUCAGGUGGCAGAAAUUAAGUGGGAUGGGGUUUCCAGGGGGUACAACUACAUCUUUUGAGUUCUAAGUUAUUUCUGUUAUUCUUGUAUUCAGCCAUUCUUACUCCUGAUGAAGGCAUCAAAAAAGACUAUGAGUAAAGAAAGACCAAAUAUGCAGGGUGACACUGCCCUUGCAUAGUGGGGCUGUUCUCAGAACAUCUGAUUUUUAAAAACGCUCUCUUAUGGAACCAUUGUUCAGGAAUUGAAAGCCUGUGUCAGUUUCUCAUCCAACAAACAACAAAUGUAUCCAUGUUCCAUCUAAACCUGUAAAACCAAUCUGAAGGAUUGAGGUAAGAUUCCAUGCCAUACAUGGUAAACCAGCUCUUGAGGGACCUUUGAAACCAUCUGGCCCAACCUCUUGCAAAAUGAUUUGCAAGAAAUAGCGCACCUGGUUCGAGGCAGGAGAACAGGCGUGAUGGUCCCUUAGUCCCUAGAGUGAGAGGAGAUGCUCUAUGUGCCACACUCAUUAACGACAGCCUGGCGUGCUGAAGCAGGUGGCCCUCGUGUAGCCUGGAAGCUGGAGCCCUGACUCCAAAGCUACCAACCGCUGCUUCUGCUGCCCUGGCCCAAAUCAAGCUCGGGGUGGUGCCAUUUUGCGCCACUGGCUUUGGUUAACAGUAUGGUUCAGGGUGCUUCUGAGGUCGGAUCUCCUCCCGGACUGGGCCUGUGGGGUGGGAGGGACCCUGGGACAGCAAGGAUGGUGAGGCACACGCUGUGUCUCAGUUGUUCUCCUGUGGCCACUGCUGACUCUCCUUGGGUGUUCACUGGACUCUUGCAUAAGUGACGUGGAAAAUGGGAUGGGCCUACCUAAUUCUGGAGAAUUGGUAGUGGGAGAAAGGAUUUCUUCUGGUUUUUGCUUUUGUUAGAAGGUUGGAGAAGGCUCAGAAGAGUGGCAGCCACCUUUGCAUCUGCUGUGGAGAAGGAAGGGGGCUCUGGGUGACAGCCAGCCCAGGGCGUGAUGCCCUGUGACACCUAGGAUGUGUGGAGAGAGGCAUGUGGAAGUUCCCAGGCCAGGUGUCAAACCUGCACUGCAACUGCAACCUGCACCACAGCUGUGGCAACACCGGAUCCGUAACCCGCUGCGCCAGAGGGGAACUUUCAAAGUGUAUUUUUAACACCCGAAGGACCCAUAGAGAUUGAAAACCCCACUGAUGCCAGGGGUAAGUUUGAAUGACCUGCCCAAUAUCAUAUAGCAAACAGGAGACAGUUAAAAUUGAACCCUGUAAUGUGACUAAGUCCAAAUUACUUGAGAUGGAUUGAACGGCUUCCCAGGGUGCGGCUGUCACCAGUGUGGGGAGGUGAUGCACAUACAGUGCGAUACACCACUGAGCUGAUACUUCACAGCAGCAGGCAGGCUGGAAGGCGGCUUUUUCGUCUUUUUAGGGCUGCACCUGUGGCAUAUGGAGGUUCCUAGUCCAGGGGUCCAAUCACAGCUGUAGCCGCUGGCCUAUGCCACAGCCACACCAGAUCCAAGCCGAGUCUGUGACCUACACCACAGCUUACGGCCACGCCAGAUCCUUAACCCACUGAAUGAAGCCAGGGAUCGAACCCACAUCCUCAUGGAUGCUAGUCGGGUUUGUUAACCAUCGAGCCAUGACGGGCACUCCUGCUUUUUCUUGAUAGACACAUGGGUUUGAGGAAAUGCCAAGCAGUGCCUGUGGAAAGCUGCCCAGCACUGGCUUCUAGCGGCCUUCGCCACCGCCAUGUAUAACCCCGUUAAGACGGCCGGCAAGAGCUGGUUCCUGUUGCUCCCGGCACAUUCAUUCCAGAAAUGAAUGAGGGACCCCGGCUCUAGGCUGAGCACCAGAGGUAUAAUCAGUUCUUAGUACCACACAGUAUGGUGCCCAUCGAGGUCAUACUGGGUCACAAAGAAAAGCACAGUUGAGUUUGGGAGCAGAGGCCAAGGACACAGCUGAGGCUGAAAGGAUGAAUGAGGAACAUGAGCUGCCAAGCGGUCAUACCUGGGUCUUCCUAGAUGCGCUCGGCAGAGCCCUGGUAGCUUUCUGGCGGCUUCCUUCUGGGGAAUUCAACGUUGACAGGAUUUGUUUACAGCCGAGGGAAAGGGGGCCAGCACUCGGUGUACUCUCUAAACAGGCUCCGAGAUGGGAAAGUCAACAAGCAGCAACGCAGAAUGGUCCCGCAGCCUGGAACUCCGGGCUGAGACUAAGAUGAUAAAGUGUAAAAUCCUGCAUCAGAUACCAAAGGUUAAUUUCAAGGAUAAAAGAGGGACAGCAGUGCUGGUAUUAGUCUGCUGAUAAAGGCUCAAUAAAGCCUCCCGUUUGUUCA